AUGACACUUGUAUUACCAGCUAUGAUUAAGACUCAACUUGUCAAGGACAUUGGUUAUGGACUUUUAAUUGGAACCGUCCCAGCUUUAUAUUUCAAACACAGAAUGAACCAAAACAUCAAGGCUCGUGAGGACUACUACGCUGCUUUGGACAAGGCACCAAUCAACGAUGAAGCCAUCUAA